AUGCCGCCUGAGAGGAAACAGAGGAAAAUCGUCAAGCUAUUGCUUAGUCCGCAUAACCUUGCUCGAUUCGUGGAACAGCCCUCUCCGGCCAGCACCUCCCAGAAAGCAACAGAGAAGCCUUCUAAAAAGGAUAAAAAACUUAAGAAGCCUGCUUCUUCUGCUGCUACUAGUAGUAGUGCGCCGAAAGAGCCUCCACCUCCACCGCCACCAUCAGCCAAGGAGAUACAACAGACACCCAAGCCGAAGGAAUCUAAGAAGUCCAAAAAGAUACAACAUGGACAACCGAAGGCUCCUCCAGAGACACCAACAGGCUCUUCCAUUACUCUUGCACCUCCGAAACCUGCUGGCUCGGGGAUAAAAAUCAAGUUCAAUGUUAAUACCCUUAAGAACGCGGCAAAGGAGAAUUCUGCUAGCGCAGCAGUCCCUCAAACUCCGAGUACAUCUAAAGCAGCUGCUGCACUUACAGCCCAGGCUAUAACACCGGCUCCGAUAACCGCUCCGACAACCUCCUCGCGUCCGGUGGGUCUCUCCAACCUCCCCCCUCUUCAGACUAAGGUCGGCACCCCCAUUCCAACUUUACCAUCAACAGCCACCCCGAGUGUACCGAAAAUACGAUUGAAGGCCAGCUUCUCGGGUAUCAAAUCCGCUACUGUUGAUAGUCCAAAAGCGCAAACUCCCAAAACUCCCAUCAUCAAACUCAAGUCCAAUGCUUCACGCCCCACAACGACUCGUAGAGCGGUUCCAAUAGGGUAUGGAUACGACUCCGAGGCCGAAGAUCGGGAAGAGGACCCGGCGAUCGAAGAACAGUUUGUUCUUCGUAUGCCACCGGGUGAAGACUGUGAAUACAUUCGUUCUGAAAUCGAAAAGAAAGAGUUCGGUAAAUCAACGGAUGUAUGGUUUAAGUUCAAAGAUGACAGACGAGCGAUCGUUAGCGUUCGUGGGAGGAUCUACUCUGCAACGCUAGUCGACUUGCCCUGUAUUAUCGAAAGCAACAAGACGAUUGAUAAGGGGAAAAAUAUUUUCAAAACGGCAGAUAUUUCACAGAUGCUACUCGUUGGAGACCGACUAAUCUUCGAAGACCAGGCGCUAUCGAAUACGGUUCCGAAUUCGCUGGCUAAUUACCCGCACGGAAUCACGCCGCCGAUGCACUGGGCUCGAAGAAGAAGGUUUCGCAAGAGAGCAGUUAACCGUAAUAUGGAUAAAGUGGAAGAAGCCGUUGAGAAGCUCCUUGCUGCGGAUGCAGAGUGUGAGAUUGCGGACUAUGAGCUGUUGACGGAGGCAGAUUUGACACGCGAGGCGGAUGAGAAGGCGGGUCGGAAUAUGAUGAACUAUGAGAUGGGAGACGAAGAUGCAGAUGGAGAGGUUGAUAUGACGUAUGAAGAAGAGGAUGGAGAAGGAGAAGAAGAAGGCGACGAACAUGCUUUGGAUCUAAUGGACUUCGAAGGAGAAUUGACCGCCAUGAUGGACGAUACGGAACAUGUGCAACCCGAGACCAAGCGUGCGCCGGCGCCAAUAUCGAGCGAUGAAGACGAAGACGACGAUGACGAUGAGGAAGAAGAGGAUAAUGAUGGUGAUGCGAUGGAUCUUGAUCCGGGAAUGUCGGCGGAGAAGCUACAACUUAAGGAGGAAAUGGCAGAUCUGGAACGAGCAAUCACGGUGAAGACCCGAGAGCGAGAUGGAGCGCAUAAUCAGAUUGUCCGACAGAGGAUACAGAAUGUGAUUGAUGGGUUGAAGGCGGAGUUAGAGUUGAAGAAGUCGAGUUUAGAGGAGACGGCAUGA